AUGUCUCCAGCCAUUCGUGCUGGCUCGGUCCGAGCGAUGGCAUUUCGAGCUUCAACAAGACUCGGCAUGCCAUCCACAAGUUCAGCUGCACAGCAAAUGCAAAUGCAACUGCAACUGCAACUGCAACUGCAACGGCAACGGCAACGGCAACAGCAGAUCCGCGGCAUCUUCCAAACACGUUCUUGGAGAAACGACAAGACAGCGGCUAUCUUGCAAGCUGCUCAAUCCGACGUGCAGACCCAACUGCCACCACCAGAGCAUGCCAACGGCAACAACGCUAACGGAAAGAAGCGCGGCGGCUUUUUCCGCAGUCUCAAGCGCACCUUCUACCUUGUCGGGCUUGGAACUUUGGUCACCUAUGCAUACUUUGUUUACCAGGGACGACACCCACCUGAUCAGCUGCCUCAAGAUCCUACCAAGAAGACCAUCGUCGUUUUGGGUAGUGGUUGGGGUGCCACAUCGCUGCUCAAAAACAUCGAUACCGAGGAGUACAACGUGGUUGUCAUCUCGCCUCACAACUACUUCCUCUUCACACCUCUUCUUCCCUCAGUGACUGUCGGUACGCUCGACGGACGCAGUAUUGUGCAGCCAACACGUCAUACCACCCGAUUCAAGACUCGCGAGGUCAAGGUGUACGAAGCCGACUGCGAGUAUGUCGAUCCUAUCAACAAGACGGUUACUUUCCAAGACAGGAGUGAGGUCAAGGGUUCCGUUUCCAAGGUCACCAUCCCUUACGACUACCUCGUCUACUCGGUCGGUACUGAGAACCAGACGUUCGGUAUCCAAGGUGUCCAGAAGCACGCUUGCUUCCUCAAGGAGCUCAACGAUGCUGAAAAGAUCCGCGCUCGUCUGAUCGACUGCGUCGAGAGUGCAGCGAUCAAGGGUCAGUCCGACGAGGAGAUCGACCGUUUGCUGCACAUGGUGGUUGUGGGUGGCGGACCCACCGGUAUCGAGUAUGCUGCCGAGUUGCGUGACUUUGUCGAGUCAGAUCUGAUCCGAUGGUACCCCGAAGUAGCCAACAAGCUGCGAGUGACGCUCAUCGAGGCCUUGCCCAACAUUCUUCCCAUGUUCUCGCAGACGCUGAUCAAGUACACCGAGUCGACGUUCAAGGAGAACUCAAUCGACAUUCUCACCAAACACAUGGUCAAGGACGUGGAUGACCGAGAUGUGCUCGUCAAGACUCCCUCGGGCCAAGAGAAGAAGAUCCCUUACGGCUUGCUCGUGUGGGCUGCUGGUAACACCGCUCGACCGCUCACCCGUCAGCUCAUGUCGGCUCUUCCUGAAGCCCAGAAGAAUCGUCGCGGUCUCGAAGUAGACGACCACAUGCGUCUCAAGGGCGCAGAAGACUCGAUCUUUGCCCUUGGAGAUGCGACUGCUACCCAAUUCGCACCCACUGCCCAAGCUGCUUCCCAACAGGGUGCCUACCUCGCCCGCGUCUUCAACCAGCUCGCUCGUCUCCACCUACUCGAGCACAGACUCGAGGCAGCCAAGAAGAACAACGCCGACGCUUCCGAAUUGAACGGUCUCGAACGACAAAUCGAAAAGGCAGCUAAGGUCCGUCCCUUCAAGUACACUCACCAGGGUUCGCUCGCUUACAUUGGAUCUGAAAAGGCGAUUGCGGAUAUUCCUUUGCUCGGAAACAAUCAGAUCGCUUCGGGUGGUGUGGUUACUUUUAUGUUCUGGCGAUCAGCAUAUGUAUCGAUGCUCUUUUCGCUGCGAAACCGUUCCUUGGUGGCUGCCGACUGGUUUAAGGUCUUCCUUUUCGGCCGUGAUGUUUCGCGAGAGUAG